AUGGUUUGUGUGUUUGUAGAUUCGUUUUCCCUGUCAGCUGCACUUAAUCCUUUGGUCCAGCAGUUACUGUCAUGUAAUACAGAUAUCUAUGCUUUUUGUCCUUCCAAUAGCCGCUAUAACAAUUCUUCCUCUGAUGUUUAUAGAGGACCACGGAGGGUUUGCAUAUUUUACUGGGUACUUCAGCUUGCAGUUGGUACCUUAAAGAGUUUCAGUGCGCUUCGUUGUGCAUGGAUCAACAAUUUCAUUCUGGCUCUUGCCUCUUUGGCGUUCUCUUUCUGUUUUGAGACAUGGCUUGUGGUGGAGCAUGAGAAGCAAGACCAGAAGCAAGAUUUGCUGUUUGAUACCUUCUGGCUGAUGACAUUCUUUGAAUCAGUGUCCCUAAUUGGAAGUCAAGAAAUCACAAAUGUAAUGGUUAGUAAUGAUGACAGUGGCUUCUUGCUUCCCUAUGCAUUUGCAGCCACACUAUCAGUAGUUGGGAUUCUAUAUAUCAGAAAUGCAUCAAGUACCACUCAGCAUGCAUCUGCCAUUGGGAACUACCAAAAAACAUUUUUUGCUCUCGUCCUCAGAGACAGAAGAGUACUGAUCCUGGUCUUAGCUCAAGCAAGCAUCCAUUUUGCUGUCUCAUCCUUUUGGUUUCUCUGGGCACCAACCAUAGUGGCUGACGGAAGGUAUGCUCAACUGUCAGUAAUUUACCCCUGUUUCUUGGCAUCAAGAAUGCUCGGAAGCGCUGGUUUUCCAUGGUUUCAUGGAGCCACAGCUCCUUUUCAGAAUGAGAACAGCCUGACAAUAGCUUACAUUGGUGCUGGACUCGCAUUGUCUAUUGUAGCUUUUGAUUACCAGGUAUGCCACAAUAUCUCAAAGGCUACAUUUAGGUAUGCCACAAUUUUGGUUUGACAGUACAUUUUUUGUGCCUUGUAAAUGCCAAUUUGUUCUUGGCCUUUUUUUUGUGCCAGUAAUACAAUGCUUGGAUAGGCUUAAGACGUGUGAGCACCUUAUUUUUGUCAGAGUGACACCCCUAUGUUAAUAAUAAUAAUAAUAAUGAAUCCAAAGCGAGCUUGCUACUGCCGCCUCUGUCUGUUUCGCUUUGCUCUGGCCUCUGGAUUGGAUUGGAGGACGACGGCACAACGGGCCUGGGCCUUUAUUCUGACGUGGGCUCAUAUCUCGAAAUCCAUUCCAAGGCAACAUUCGGCCCAGAACAUGUUAGAAUCGCACGGCUUCUUCCCUCUAAAACCCCGUCGUCUUCCUUGCGAUCCUAUAGCCUGCUCGCCUCCGUUCCAAGAACACCGGCCUCCCUCUCCUACUCCAUCUCCUCCGAUUAACUAGAAAGGGCUCCCAGGGUAUCGCUCCUCUGUUUGGAGAGCAACAUGACAGAGAUGACGGGCAGCAGCGAGAGUAAUCCGCAUUAUCCCUCCGCAAGGAAGAGGCAGAGGACCGAAGCGGACGGAGCCGCCAGCAGAUUCUCUCAGGAACAAGAGCGGUAAUUGUUUCUUGGACGGUGUUUUGCCGCGAUUCAUGGAUUCUUCUUGCCAGCGUUCUGGAUUUCUUGUGGCUGCUGGUAUUCUUGAAUCCUUGCCGGGUGCUGUUUCUUGAAAUUUUUGCCGGGUUCUUGAAUCCUUCCCGGGUAAGUGUUUCUUGGAAGGUGUUUUGCCGCGCUUCAUGGAUUCUUCUUGCUGGAGUUCUGGGUUUCUUGCUGCUGCUGGUAUUCUUGAAUCCUUGCCGGGUGUUGUUUCUUGAAUUUUUUGCCCGGUUUCUUGAAUCCUUCCCGGGUGUGGAAUUCAUGAGUAAGCCGCUAGCGUUCUGCUUUCCGGCAUUCUGGGUUUUCGAUUUCUUGCUACUUCUGGUAUUUCUUGAAUCAGGGUGUAGUUUCUUGACAUUCUUGCCGAUUUUCUUCAACCCUUGCUGGAUGCUGGUUG